CGGGCAGUCUUCAGUCCUGAUCCUGAGCCUGAUCCCCGUGACUCACAGGCCCCCACUGCCCCUCUGGCCAGGGCAGGAUGUUGGGGGAGGGGACUGGACCGGACCGGGAAGUCGCCUAGCUCGUGGCUCUGCACGUGGCUUCAUGGGGGAUGUCAAACGUUGCUAGAGGGACUGUCUAGGGUGACAGUGGAGGCAUAGCCACCAAGUUGGGCAGUGGCUCUGACCAGCCACACUCAAGACCCAGGAGACCCUUCUUGACCUCCCCUGCAACGAAGGGGAGUACAGCUUUUGUUCCCUCAGGAGACUAGAGGCGUCUCUCUAACCAGACCCCAAACUUCCCAAGCUCUACGGACCUUUCCAGCUUCUCACUACAUGCCGCCUCGUCCUCCCAAGGGCAGCCCCCGGCACAACAAGAAGGCGCUGCGGUCAGGGUGAUACAGUCCCCAAGACACCAGCAGUCGUCCAUUCCCUUAAGUCCUUACUUAGGUCAACUCCAGGUGAGGCAGACCUGUGGCCCCUAGCGGUCCCGCGGGCAAUCUCCGCGUCCGAGCCAAGUUUCCCGGGAGAAAGAUGUUAGAAAGCCUGCUCAUAGGGUGCCUCCUACACGACGCCUUCCCGGACCACCACCCUGAUCCUCUCCGCGGGAAAAGCCUUUUCUAUUCCCUUCUCAGAGAAGAAGUGGACUGCUGAGCGCGGGAGGACGCCGUCGGGACCCGGGGCACCGUACGGCCGACGGUUCUGCAGCGGCAGAAGAGAGGGGACGCCCCAAACUCCACGGCUCGGACUCCUCGGCUCAAGUCUGGAUGCUAUCCAGCCGACGGGACCCCAGCCCGCGGACCCGCCGUACCUGCGCGCGCCGCCGCUCAGCGAAGCAGCUGUCUGUCAAGCAGACACGAGAAACGCGAACCGCCGGCGCCGCGAACCUUUCGGCCUCGCUCGGACACCGUAGCUCCGGGACGUACCACCACGGCGGGAGGGGGCUCCCGGGAUGCUGCCACGGGCACGCAGGCUCUAGGAGUCCCGGGUGGGCGCGGGCAGAGAACACCGCCGCUGCAGGGUGAUCGCGGGAGCGGGGCGGGGCCCUGGCAGGAUUCAAGGAGAUGCGAGGCGGGGCUCAGGAUCGCGCGGGGCGGAGCUCGGGCGCAAUGGGCCCCGCACUAUAGACGCGCCUGGGCGGGCCUUGAAAUACCGCUGCCGGCAGCCUGCGCGCCAGACGCCGCCAUGAUCAUCCCGGUGCGCUGCUUCACCUGCGGGAAGAUCGUCGGCAACAAAUGGGAAGCCUAUCUGGGUCUGCUGCAGGCCGAGUACACCGAGGGGGAUGCCCUGGACGCUCUGGGCCUGAAGCGCUACUGCUGCCGCCGCAUGCUGCUAGCACACGUGGACCUGAUUGAAAAACUGCUAAACUACGCUCCGCUGGAGAAAUGACUGCCAGAGCUCACCCUCCUCCUCUCCUGGCCCUGGGCAGUCUGUCAUGCUGAAUUCAAACUGAGGUGCCUGGCCGUGGCCCUGUGGCUAGGUCCCCUCACCCUCGAAGGAAGGGGUCAAUAAAGAUCUUUGCAGACCCACCAGCAGGUCUGUCUAACUU